AUGGAUGAAGCAAUUAUUGCCUACAUCUUGCACGAGGCUCUCAUGGGCCUGCAGCACUUGCACAUCAAUAAAACCAUCCACCGAGACGUGAAAGGAAACAACAUCCUCCUGACGACACACGGAGGCGUCAAACUGGUGGACUUUGGUGUUUCGGCACAGCUGACCAACGCCCGGCUGAGGAGGAACACCUCUGUGGGGACCCCGUUCUGGAUGGCACCAGAGCGUGUCGUGGUUCUGGCCGCACGUUCCUCCCACUCACGGAUGAUUCAGGCUGGAGAUUGGGUCCGUGUUGCCCUGAGGAUAGAGCUGAUAGACUGGUGUUAA